ACUGCCCCUCUCCCUUCCAAGUUGCCGUGCAACCGCCAUCUCGAACCCCGGUAUUGACCUCACAACCACCCCGCCGACUGUUCACCAACUCACCAAGUCUGGCCCUGAGAGGUGCAAGCCGUGACAGCGCUAUCUCUGAGCUCUCCCAUAAACAGAAGCGGCAUCGCAUACGGCCACCAUCGGCCAGAUUCUGGUCACACCGCCACCAACAUGGACACCUUUAUGCUCCGAGACGAAGCGACAAAGGAGCGCAUUCGUCUCGCAGAGGAAUUCCUCGAUCCCCACGACCAGCAUGCGCGAAGUUACCGAUCCGACAUCAUAUUGAUGCUCCAGAAGAACCAAAGGCGCCUUGUCGUCAACCUUGAUCAUGUGCGGGACCACAACUCAGAGCUUGCCGACGGUCUCCUUUUCGACCCUUUCGAGUACACUCUGGCGUUCAACCACGCUCUCAAGGAGAUUGUGAAGACGCUGCCGCAGGCUAGGCCAGAUCAGACCGACGCCGAGGUCUUGUAUUACUGCGCCUGGGCCGGCAGCUUCGGCUUGAAUGCUUGCAACCCGAGGACGCUGUCUUCUGACCAUCUGAACCACAUGGUCUCGAUUGAGGGCAUCGUGACAAGAACCUCUCUCAUCCGCCCCAAGGUCGUGAAGAGUGUCCACUACAACGAGAAGAAGAACAUCUUCCACUACCGGGAGUACCGUGACCAGACAAUGACAAAUGGCCAGACGACUUCCAGUGUGUACCCACAAGAGGAUGACGAAGGAAACCCACUUCUCACAGAAUAUGGCUUCUGCACCUACCGCGAUCAUCAGACCAUUUCGAUACAGGAGAUGCCCGAGAGAGCACCGGCUGGCCAGUUGCCUCGGGGUGUGGAUGUCAUCCUUGACGACGACCUGGUGGACAAGGUCAAGCCCGGUGACAGAAUACAGCUCGUCGGCAUUUUCAGAACGCUCGGAAAUAGAAACACCAACCACAACAGCGCGCUCUUCAAGACGGUUUUACUCGCCAACCAUAUCGUUCUGUUGUCCUCAAAAGCUAGUGGGGGCGUUGCCACUGCGACUAUCACCGACACCGAUAUUCGCAACAUCAACAAGAUCGCCAAGAAGAAGAACCUGUUUCAGCUUCUUUCGCAGUCCUUGGCCCCAAGUAUCUUUGGCCACGACUACAUCAAGAAGGCCAUCCUUCUGAUGCUCCUUGGCGGUAUGGAGAAGAACUUGGAGAAUGGAACUCACUUGAGAGGUGACAUCAAUAUCCUCAUGGUUGGCGAUCCGUCGACAGCCAAGUCUCAACUGCUGCGUUUCGUCCUGAACACGGCGCCUCUCGCCAUUGCCACCACUGGCCGAGGCUCGUCCGGCGUCGGUCUGACGGCUGCUGUCACAUCUGACAAGGAGACUGGCGAGAGAAGGCUCGAGGCGGGAGCCAUGGUCAUGGCUGAUCGCGGCGUCGUCUGCAUUGACGAGUUUGACAAGAUGUCUGAUAUCGAUCGAGUUGCUAUCCACGAAGUCAUGGAACAGCAGACAGUAACCAUUGCCAAAGCUGGAAUUCACACGUCGUUGAACGCCCGCUGCAGUGUCAUCGCUGCGGCCAACCCCAUAUUCGGCCAGUACGAUCCGCAUAAAGACCCGCACAAGAACAUCGCCCUUCCAGACUCACUUCUAUCCCGUUUCGACUUGUUGUUUGUCGUUACAGAUGACAUUGAGGACACCCGGGACAGACAAGUCUCAGAGCACGUGCUUCGCAUGCACCGGUAUCGUCAACCUGGCACGGACGAGGGCGCCCCAGUCCGAGAGAACGGCCAGCAAGCACUUGGUGUCGCCCUACAAAGCCAAACCGACACGCAGAAGCCCACAGACGUGUUCGAGAAGUACGACGCGAUGCUUCACGCGGGCGUUACUGUCACUUCUGGCCGUGGUGCCAACAAGCGUCAUGAAGUGCUCAGUAUCCCUUUCAUGAAGAAAUACAUCCAGUACGCCAAGAGCCGUAUCAAGCCAAUCCUGACGCAAGCCGCCUCUGAUCGCAUUGCCGACAUCUACGUUGGCCUUCGCAAUGAUGAGAUGGAGGGCAACCAGCGGAGGACAUCCCCUUUGACCGUUCGUACUCUUGAGACUCUGAUUCGUCUCGCCACAGCCCACGCCAAGUCCCGCCUCUCCAACAGGGUCGAAGAGCGUGAUGCUGCUGCCGCCGAGGCUUGCCUCCGUUUCGCCCUGUUCAAGGAAGUGGUUGAGGAUGAGUCGCGCAAGAAGCGCAGGCGCACACAGCAAGUCGAGUCCGACUCUUCGGAGGAAGAAAGCUCGGAUGACAAUGGCGACGACACAGCUCACAGAGGAUCCACCGCUCGGGCAAGUGCUGCGAGGUCGAAUCGGCGCAGCCAGGUCAGCGCUGGAAACCGUCGUGCUCGAACAGCAAGCACGCGGAAUGGCAGCUCUGUUCCCGCCAAUGACGAAGAGGAGGAAGAAGAAGAAGACGAGGAAGAGCAGGCUUCCGCGCCUGCGACACGCCGCUCGGGUCGGACCAAUGCCGGAGCCUCCUCGAACGCUCUUCCGACGUCGCAAUUGUCGUUCGCUUCCUCCAUUCCCGCUUCACAGCUUGAGACGCAGGAAGACGACGAGGAUGAGGAAGAAGAGGAGGAUGAGGACCUCGCCUCGGGCGCGGCAGCGCUCAACAUCAAUGCUGAGAUCACUCCUCAACGGCUCUCGACUUUCCGCACCGCGCUCGGCCAGCUACUCAACACGGACUUAUUCGAUGACGACUCGGCCACUGUCGGCGACGUCGUUUCCGCCGUCAACAAGCGCCUCGGUGGCUCGUCGCAGACCUUCACUCGCGACGAGGCGGUCAAGGCGCUACGUAAGAUGGACGAGGCGAACCAGGUCAUGUACACUGAGGGAGAACUCGUUUAUAAGAUCUAACCGACUCAGUCUCUCGUCCUUCCGGCAAACAGGAACUGGCUGAGCAGGAACAGGGAAUCGGAGUGGUUGCAGUAUGAAUAUAGACAAAGCGAUGGCGUUUGGAAAUGUUUGGUGUGCCAUGUCAGGAAGUGGCGUAAGUGGUGGGUGUUCGUUGGACAGCGGAACGAGGUCACAGGCUGUUGUCAUGAAAUGCCCAGGAUGACAAGAUGUGCAAUGAAACGCGACGACGAUGGAACUAGUCCGGCAUGAGAUGUACAAUAAAGCGAUGACCCGAGCCGCUUUGGCGCCAAUAAAUG